AGUAUUACGAAGGUUUUCAUAACUCGAUCAUGACGACUACUAUCGAUAAAAUUCACCUAAAUCAUAAUUAUAAAGCUGACAUUAAUUAUAGUUUGCAAGUUAAUCGUUGGUUAUUAAAACCAAUUGGUAUUUGGCCAUAUCCUAGGACAGCAUCAAUCAGAAUUAAACUAUUUUCAUUAAUUUUAUUCCUAACGUGUAUUGGAAUUUUAAUAUUUUCAAUAAUAUCGUGCGUAUUGAAUAUUUUAUUCGAGGAAGAAGAUCCAGAAGUCAAAUUAAAAACAAUUGCACCUUUAAGUUAUUGGUCAUUAUCGUUAAUCAGAUAUUGCACACUUUUGAUAAGAUCCAAUGAUAUUCGUAGAUGCGUUGAUCGCAUAGAAAUAGAUUGGCAAAUGAUCAAUAAAAUCGAGGAACGUGAAACGAUGUUAAAUUGCGUCAAAACUGGACGUUUCAUUGUAUGUUUCAGUGCAGUUUUUAUGCACGGUGGUAUAUUUGCAUUUAACAUUUUCAAAGGUAUUACACCUGUAAUCGAAUUAGUUGGUAACGUCAGUGUAUCCAUUUAUCGAUUACCUUAUCCAUUUUAUAAUGAAAUUUGGGAUACCAGUUAUACAAUGGCACAUCGAGUUAUACUUUUGUUACAAUUUAUUGUUACGUUUAUUGUUAAUUCUGUCAGUGUUGGAGCUGUUGCUAUUGCAGCUAUGUUUGUCAUGCACGCUUGUGGUCAAUUAAAUAUCAUGAAAUUAUGGUUGGAAUCAUUGGUAGAUGACAUUGAUUACAAAUAUGAGUCAACUCAAAGGAAAAUUGGUGUCAUCGUUGUUCAUCAUUUACGCGUACUCAAUUUUGUCACAUGGAUAGAAAAAACAUUAAGUUUUAUAUGUCUCGUUGAAAUAUUUGGUUCGGUGUUCAAUAUGUGUUUUUUAGGAUAUUAUUGCAUAAAACAAUUUAAUGAAAACGAAUUUGGAACGACUGCUAUUUAUGGUACAAUAUUUGUAUCCGUAGCUUACAAUAUUUUUAUAUUUUGUUACAUCGGUGAUAUUCUGUCGGAACAGUGCAGACUGAUUGGUAUAAAAGCUUAUUUAAUUAAUUGGUACAGUUUACCUGGAAAAUCACCAUUAGGUAUAGCACUGAUCAUAUUAAGAUCAUCUCGAGUAACAAAUCUCACUGCUGGAAAAAUUAUUCCCUUGUGUAUGGAAACAUUUAGCAACGUCGUCCAAACAUCAUUUGCUUAUUUAAAUAUUUUACGUAAGGUUGUGGUCUAAAAAAAAAAAAAUAGAAAAGAUACUCA